AUGGCUUUCCGUGCGCUGCUUGCCCCACCGAGAGCAGCGAACCCGUGCGGCGCAGAUGCCUCACGCGUUGUCUCAGCUGCCUCCCGAGGCGCUGGAACAAAUCCUCUGACUUCGUUUCUCUCGUCAGUUUCAACGGAUCCUCUCCGCACUCGACAGCUUCUCGAAGGCUACGACGUGACCGGUGCGGCCUCAAGUGCGCCUCCGUCGCUUCCAGAUGCGUUCGUCAACGCGUUCCUUGCUCAGGAUUUCGGGGAGAAUGACGUCGGAGUGCCGGGCGGCAAACCAGUUGUCUCCUCUGCCUCUUUCGAAGCUGCGUGGGCGCACACGCAGAGUGGAGAAAACGGAGAGACAGUUUCGCGUCCCCACGGGACUGCCCCGUUCUCGCGACCCGCCCAUGGAUUGGAGAGCUUCCAAGGUCUCGCUGGACCGGAAGCUAUCGGAAGGCAGAUGUCGUCAAACCCCCAUGAGUUGGUGGGUGCGGGGACUGGCCUCACCACGAUUCCAGAGUCUCCCUUUCUUUCAGACCAGGCGCUUCUCCGUUCAGCUCCUGAUUAUCUAGAACCGUUCUCCGACGGUCUGUCUUCUUUCGCUGCGUCCGCGCCUGCCUCUUCUUCCGUCCACCCUGCCCGUUUCUCCCAGGGACCCUCCACCAUCUCCUCUGUCUCCCCACAGCUCCAAGAGCCGAGUUUUGAGUCCUUUGCGUCUCCCUUCCAGGCCCAGGCGCCCGCCUCGUGGCUGGAAGAGUUUCAGGCCUUUUCGCAGGGACGCAGCUCGAACAGCGGCGAGGCACCUCCGAAGUGGGCACAAGAAUUCGCGACGGCGAUGCCUCAGCAAGGCUCCACAGUGGAGGCCGUCAAGGGGAGACAGGAGACAGCUGGAGAGCCAAGCUUGGACCCUGGCUCUGGAGCCGCAGACCGCGUGGGCGGGCCUCGCUCCGUCUCCUUUGCGCCACUCUCUCCGUUCCUCUCCUUUCCGCAUCCGCCGCCGCAAGUGCCGCUCGUCGAUGCCGUCGGCCACCGGUGGAACUUCGCAGACACCGAAGGUUGCCCAGAGGCCAGAAGCCGCGCUAUGGAGGCAGCCCUGCGCGCGCAGCGGACUGUGGGCAUCCGGUCGACUUCUGCUGCGGAGCAAGAGGCCAAGGAGAGCGCUGUGGAGAGAGAACCAGCGAAGGCAACCGGAGUCUCCUUCGAUGCGGAAGCAGCGCGUGAAAUGCUGGAGACUUUGAAGGCCAUGGGGGAAGAGAAGUUGGAGAGCUCCGAGUUUGUGUUCUUCAUUCGUCAGCUGGCAUCAGGGGAACUUUCUCUCGUCGACGGCCAGCUCGUUGAUUCUUCAGGCGCCCAAGUCGACUGGGACUCCCUCGUGAAGGCGACGAAGGGAGCGACCCUUGGAGAGCAGGAAAAGCGCGUUACUGAAGAAAAAAGCGCGACGAAGACCGGGACUGAGCGCGCGCGCGAGAGAGAUGGCGAAAAGGAAGCAUUCGAUGAAAAUGUCGACGAAUGCGCGUCUUUUGAGCAGAGCAUGAAGGACCUCGAAGAGGCGUGGGUGAAGGCGAGAGAGAAGGGAGAAAUUGACGACGAAGAACUCUCUCUCUUUCGCUCGAUCUUCAACACGGCCGAGCUGAGCAAGGCGCUAGGUGACUCCAGCGCGGAUGAGGCUUCGCUCAUGGAAGGUCUGUGGCCCAGCGUCGACCGAGAGCAGCGAGGGAAGGAGGAGGCUGCGUCCUUGCCUGUGUUCUCCGCCGACAAUCCGUACUUAAGCGAGCCGUCGCCUCUGGCCCUUGCGCAGCUGCUGCUCGAGGAAGGAAAGCUCCAGGAAGCAGUGCGCGCCUUGGAGGCAGAAGUUCAGCGAAACCCAAACAGCUCCGAGGGAUGGCGACUUCUCGGCGAGGCUCUCGCAGAUUGUGAACAGGACGCUGACGCCAUUGUGUGCCUCAAGAAGGGACACGAGGUCGAUCCCUACAAUCUGGACAGCUUGCUGGCUUUAGGUGUCUCUUUGACGAAUGAACUAGACGCCCCACAGGCUUUGCGUAACCUGCGAGACUGGCUAGCAAACCACGACGAAUUCAGCGCCCUCCCUGGUGUCCAGCGAGCGCUUCCCGAAGAUUUCGAAGAACUCAAGAGACAGGUGGCGGCUUUGUUUCACGAGGCAGCGGCGUGGAGGGAGCACGCGGCGGGCGACGUGCACAUGGCAUUAGGAGUGAUUCACAACAUCGACCAGAACUUCGACAGGGCGCUGUACCACUUCGCCGAAGCGCUGAAGUUCGCAUCCGGCCGAAAAGCUGCGACUCUGUGGAACAAAAUUGGAGCGACCCUGGCGAACUCGGGACGGUCGGAGGCGGCUCUGCUGGCUUACGAACAGACUCUCGCGCUGCGUCCGAACUACCCUCGGGCGUGGACGAACCUGGGAGUUGCGCACUCGAAUCUCGGAGACACAGAACGCGCUAUGCGAUUCUACCUCACAGCGCUGGUGCUGAAUCCGGCUGCGUCGCACCUGUGGUACUACGUCAGAAGCGCCACCAUUUCCCUAGGAAAAUUCGACUGGUUGGGCCUGGCGGAGAACCGCGACUUGGAAGGUCUCCGCGCGCUGCUUCCAGCUGGGGCAGUUCCUACACGAGGCGAAAUUCUUGAGAAAGGUGUGGGGAAAGUGCCGCAAGAAGACUCGACUGUUCUUCACCGCCUUCUUGGGAUGAUCAAGAACGUCUAA